AGAUACUUUUAAAGUGUACAUUUACUAUCUAAUCAGCACAGAACAGCCAUAUAAAAUCGGCAAAUCUCAUUGGUAUCGGAGCUGUGGGAGUACUACGCCGGCAAUAGUCGUCAGAGCCAUGCCAAAGCAGUGACAACAAAAAUAAAAACAAUAAUAAAUAAUUUUAUCGAAAAAUAUGUCUACAGAAGUACUAGAUAUACGACCACUAACACCGGCGCUACAGGCGAAGGCGUUAAAUGAGUUGAACGAGAAGCCCGAACGUCUGGCCGCGGAUAUUGCAGCGCUCAGAGUUUGGUUGCUGAAACAACCGCAUCUGAAGACGCGUCAAAGUGAUCAAUUUCUGGUCAACUUUCUGCGUGGUUGUAAAUUUAGUUUGGAGAAGGCGAAACGCAAACUGGAGCAAUACUACACGUUGCGCACAACGUUGCCGGAACUGAAUCAACACAAUUUCGUGAAUGAUCAACGUUUGCGCGCCAUCAUACGUUUGGGUGUCACGCUAUAUUUACCGCUGCCGCUAAUGGAGGACGGUCCCUGCAUAAUGCUAAUGCGUCCCGGCAAAUACAAUCCCAACGAAUUCAAUAUAUCGGAUAUGUUACGCGUUAGCUACUUAUUACAGGACAUCUCUCUGAUCAGCAAUGACAAUAUGAUCAUUGGUGGUUUUAUGCAAAUUGGCGAUUUUGCGGACUUCAGCAUGGCGCAUUUGCUACAGUUUAGUCCGACCUUGAUGAAACGCUUCGGUCUGUACGUCGAGGAGGGUAUGCCGAUGCGUAUUAAGAAUUCGCAUUUCUUUAAUACAGGUGUGAUAUUUGAGAAAUUGUUUGCCACCGUUAAAUUAGUGCUGCCAGCGAAGAUGGUUGAGAGACUGCACGUGCACAGCACAUUCGAGUCGCUCUGCGAAGCUGUACCCAUCAAGUGUCUGCCAAAGGAUUACGGCGGUGAAAAUGGUAGUAUUGAGGAAAUUGUUGCAAGCACCGAGCAGUUAGUUUUGGAUUAUCGUGAAUAUUUAUUGGAUGAAGUCAAUUAUGGUGUCGAUGAAAAGUUGCGCUUGGACGGUGCCUCCAAUGUUGAAGAGCGAUUUGGAAUAGAUGGCUCAUUCCGAAAGCUAAAUGUGGAUUGAAGAUUUUUCUUUUAAAAAAAUUAGUAUUAAUUUUUAUUAUUUGAAAUUUAAUAUUUAUUAAUUUGCAAUACAUUAAAAGAAUUUCCGAAAUAAACUAAACAAUAAUUAAAGCAUAUUUUAAACAUAUAUGUAAGUACGUGCAUAAAUGUUGAACUUCUUGCA